UCUUAUGUACGAGUUAAUAAACUCUUUUGUCGAAAUAUUUGGACUUCCGGUAUUUUUUUUCAAAGAAAAGCUAUGGGAAAACGAAAAGAAUCAGGGACAGAGGAAGACAUAUUCUCAGAUUCUUCAGCAGUUGGACAUAAAAAGCAUAAGAAGCACAAGAAAAAACACAAAAAGAAGAAGGACGUUGGGGAAGAUUAUGCCGUCAUCCCCGAGGGAGGGACCAGCAGUGGUCCUAAAAUCAAACUCAAGCUGAAGAUUGGAGGACAGACAAUGGGAACAAAGAACUUGCCAUCAGUGGAGAAGACAGAAAACAGUGGAGAUGAUUCACCUAUUAUUGACGUCACAGAUGAAACGUGGGGAGAAGGUGAUGAGCCUUCUUUCCCAACAAAGAAAAAGGGUGAUGAUACUUCAGAUGAGGAAAAGGAGUGGCUGGAUGCUCUAGAGAAGGGAACAUUGGAUGAUUCAGGGAUGUUAAAAAGGAGCAAAGAUCCUAAACUGAUGACAGCUAGACAGAGAGCUCUUAUUCAUGGACAGCAAGCUGAACUUCUACAACUGCCUUCAGGAUAUAAAACAGUGGAACUUACAGAGGAACAAGUGGAAAAACGUCAACAGAGGGCCAAAAAACGGCGACAACAGGCACAGGAAAAACGAGAGAAAGAUAAGAAACAAACUUUAGACAGACUUCUUAAAAAGCAGGAGACAAAAUCCAAGGGCCCAAAGGUCAAAGGUUCAAGGAAAAGCAACAUACCCAGGGUCCGUUAUAUCAACAACAAAUCUGAGAUCUCCAUAAGUGUUCCUGUGGGAAUACAGUUCCCUUUUCUUCCCCAAAAAGCAGAGCCUCCUAAGCCACGUGCAAUUUGUGGAGUCAAUGGAUGUAAAAACUUGAAGAGAUACUCGUGUUCCAAGACAGGGAUUCCCUUGUGUAGUUUGGACUGCUAUAAAAAGAACAUGGCUCUUGGAGUUACAAAGUUACCCAUUCCUGUCAAGUGACACACUUUCCUCUGUUACACAGUGAAUGAUCUUCAUUUUUUGAAUGGGAUUAAUAAUUAAACUGGAGGCAGUUAAAUGGUUGUGUAAGAGGUCUAUCAAUUUCAGUGAUCUGGCCUGUCUUUGAUUUCAUUUUGAAUCCUGCAGGAGAAAUAGCUGAGAUGUGGUUUUUCCAAAUGUGUGGUGGAAAAUUGUUGGAAUGGUUCAUGAAUAUUUUAUGUAAAAGAAGAUUAUUUGUUGAAAAUCUUAUAAUGAAAUAUGCAUGUAGAAUGCAUUGUUGAACAUAAAUUCCUGUUUACCAUUUGCUAUAUGGAUUAUUCAUUAUGACGCUAGAGCUACUUUCAUAUACAUGUGUAAACUCAUUUACUCAUCUGUUGUUUAUGCCUCUAUGACAAUUUAUAAAGACGAACAAUUUUUCAUAGUAAAUAUUCUUUUAUAAGA